AUGAGUUUCUCCCACCUUGUUGAGAAUGUCGGCAGCACGGCAAGAGACUUUUGCAUGUUGGAACGAAAUUUACUGUCUCAUUUGAAGCUUGCGCUCUUACUUUCAUUGCUAUCUUCUUCAGUCCUUCUCCGCGCUCGUCUCGUUCCUGAAGACAAACCCACGCAGCUGUCUGGUGCCAUGGGCACUACUGUGGCCUCUCUGCAGUUUGUCGCUGCCAUCGCCACCGUUAUCGCUGGCGGUUAUGAAUACUAUUGUGGCUACUGGGACCUUCGCAAGAUGCAUGCUUUCUUGGUCGCAGUGAAGCCACAUCUCGCACUCGUAUCAGUUGUGGCCGCCGUCGUAUUUCUCACUUGUAUUAUUGUUCUGACCGAGCAGCAUUAG